CAAAGGAGAACUAAAGCAAAGGCCCAAGCUUGUCUCUCCCUACACCAACACACAUAAUCUCAUCAAACUCAUCAAAACAUAAACUCUUUCACACUUGCUUUUAAUUUCUUCUUCUGAACUUGAAACCAAGAAAUCAAGAAAUCAAGAAAUCAAGAUGGCCCGUAUUUCUUCGGACCCGCUUAUCGUUGGGAGAGUGAUCGGAGACGUUGUAGAUAAUUGUUUGCAGGCGGUGAAAAUGACAGUGACCUAUAACUUCGACAAGCAAGUCUACAAUGGCCAUGAACUUUUCCCUUCAGCUGUUACAAACAAACCUAAGGUUGAAGUCCAUGGGGGUGACAUGAGAUCAUUCUUCACUUUGGUAAUGACUGAUCCUGAUGUUCCUGGACCUAGUGAUCCUUACCUAAGGGAGCACUUGCACUGGAUUGUUACUGAUAUCCCGGGGACAACAGACGCGACAUUCGGAAAGGAAAUUGUAGGUUACGAGAUGCCUCGGCCAAACAUAGGGAUCCAUCGAUUUGUGUAUUUGCUGUUCAAGCAGAACCGUCGAGGAAGUGUGGUUUCUGUGCCAUCUUACAGAGACCAAUUCAACACCAGAAUGUUUGCUCGUGAGAACGAUCUUGGCCUCCCCGUAGCAGCCGUUUUCUUCAACUGCCAGCGUGAGACCGCUGCUAGACGCCGUUGACUGACUUCCGCCGCCUCUGUAACUAGCUUUCUCCGUUCCCGGACAAUAUAUGUUAUUCCAUGCAUUUUAUAUAUAUUUUAAUUACGGGAAGCAGCUUUUUAUUUUCAUAUUUAUAUACGUGUGUAUUGUUAUGAAGUGUUUGUGAUUUGAAUAAACUUGGCUUUUAUUGUUAUAGUGUACUUCAUAUUGGUAUAACUGAUAUUUCUUAUUA